AUGGGCCAUCUCGAGGUGCUCACGGCGAGGGACGGCCUGCUGCCGCGCUCGGCGUGCCGGUACCAGCGGCUGCGAGGCGGCGGCACGUCGCCGGCGCCGGGCGGGAGCGUCAGGGCUCGGCGGCCGCUGCGGCUGCGGAGGAGGGCGUGCAAGGCGGCGGGGAGGUGGGGGGCCACCACUACGGCGGCCAGCGGCGGCGGAAAGCGGCUGCGGCUGCGGCUGCGCCUGGUGCGGCUGCUGCUCCUGCUUCCCGCGCGCCGGGUGGCCGCGCUGGUCGCGGAGCUCCUGCGGCGGCUGGCGGCGGCGGCGGCGGCGGCGGAGGCAGCCGCGGACUGCCCCGCCAUCGUCUUCUCCUCGCAGUGGGGGCUCCCCGUGCUGUCGCACUCCGGCAGCACCGCCAGCAGCAGGAGCUCCAGGCUGCGGGCUUUCUACCUCGACAGGAGCCUCUCCGCCAGCUCCUCCGGCACCGGCGGCUCCCCGUGCUGA